AUGUCCACGGCUACCGUGACAGCUGUUCCAAUUGGUGCGCCGUCGACCGUGACGAUAGAACCGGCUGUCUUUGUGUCCAAGCGUGAGUUCGACAACGACAGAAUCAAGAAUGUGAUUGACCUUAUCUCGCAGAACAACUAUGGCGACUGGAGAGACGAUCUUUUCCGCAACGGCUACGCCGUGGUGAAGAACGCUGUACCAAGCGAGCGGGCCCAGCGGUACCAGCAGGAGGCGUUUAAGUGGCUGGGUCGGUUCAGCGACAAGUUCGACAUAAACAACCCGGACACAUGGACUAGAGAAAAUCUGCCUCCAAUGACCAACACCAAUCUGUUCAAGUCGCACUGUGUGAGCCACGAGAAGUUUAUGUGGGAUGCAAGGUUGGAGCCAGGUGUAAUCAAGGCGUUUGAGAGCCUGUGGCAGACCGACGAGCUCCUUGUGUCGUUCGACGCUUUGAACGUGACUCUUCCAAAUCGCAAGGACAAGGAGCUUGUUGCUCCGUGGCCGCACGUGGACCAGACCCCGUACCGGAAAGGAAUGCACUGUGCGCAAGGUAUCAUUUCUCUGAGCGACCAUGGGCCAGAGGACGGCGGGCUGGUUGUGUACAAAGGCACGCACAAGUUAAUAGAGGAGUUCUUCACCAGCGUUGUUCCGAAAAAAGACUGGACCGAGCGCGACUUUUUCAUGCUUUCCCAAGAACAGCUGCAGUGGUUUUUGGACCGUGGGUGUGAGGAAGUCAAGAUCGAGUGUGAGGCCGGUGACCUGAUCAUCUGGGACUCCAGAACGGUCCAUUGGGGAAAAGAGCCCUCACCAUCAAGCAACACCAUCCGAACCGUGAUUUAUGCGUGCUACACUCCAGCCAAGUUUGCCACGGAAAAAAGUCUUGCAGAGAAAAAGUCCUUGUUUGAGUCCUGGUCUGGCACCACCCACUGGCCCCACGACAAUCUUGUCCGCACGGGCAGCAAAGCGUAUUACGCCGACGGCCGUGAGUAUGAGAACAACCGCGACGAGCCGUUUGAGAAGCCUGCAAUCACAGACAAGUUGCUGAGGCUCGCCGGGGUCAAGCCGUACGAAAAUAAAUAA